UCUCUUCCGCAGCGCUGCGAAGCUCAAUUCCUUGUAGAUCCGCACCUCGCUUUCAGACCAGAGUCCUCGCCAGCAUGGCCAACAUCCACACGCCGAUCCCGAAGCUGAAGCUCAACGAUGGCACUAGCAUUCCAAUGCUCGGCUACGGAACAGGCACAGCAUGGUACAAGAAGGGCGACGAGAGUCAACUCGACCAAGCAUGUAUCGACUCCACCAAAAUCGCGAUCGGAAUGGGAUACACGCAUCUCGAUGGAGCAGAAGUCUACAAGACUGAGCCCGAACUCGGCGCCGCCAUCAAGCAAUCCGACGUGCCCCGCGAGAAGUUGUACAUUACAACAAAAGUGAUCACAAACAUCGACGACAUUCCCUCUGCUCUCAAAACCAGCUUGAAGAAGCUGGGAGUAGACUACGUCGACCUCUACCUCAUCCACGCACCCUUCUUUGCCUCGACCAAAGAAGAACAUCAAGCAAAAUGGAAUGACAUGGAGUCGCUCGUCCAAGCUGGCCUGACCAAGUCUAUUGGCGUGAGCAACUACCUGCCGGAGCAAUUAGGCUGGAUCCUCGAGACAGCCACAAUCGUGCCGGCCAUCAACCAGAUCGAAUUCCACCCCUACCUUCAGCACGAAGAGCUUCUCAAAUUCCACAAGGAAAAGGGCAUCGCAACAGCCGCCUACGGACCCCUCUCCGCCGUCACCAAAGCCGCCCCCGGCCCCAUCGACGACUUCAUGGCCGCUCUUUCGAGAAAGUACGCCGUCAGCCAAGGCGAAAUCAGCCUGCGAUGGUGCAUCGACCAGGACAUCGUGGCGUUGACGACGUCGAGCAAGGAGCAGCGGCUGAGCGAUUACCUGCGCGCGAUGAAGUUCAAGUUGACGCCCGUGGAGAUCAAGCAGAUCAACGAGC